AUGUCGAGUUCUGACGCUACAAACAAUGCGUACGAGAUGCACUACACGGAUGUCGGGAAGAGCGAUGUCGAGGUGGUGCACCGGUCCGUGGACAAAAAGCAGGAGUCUGUGCAGGCGUACGCCUGGGAUGAGGAGCAGGAUGGUGAACUGCCUGAGGGGUCCACUGAGUUGACGAAGCUCGGGUUCUUUAACAGGUUUGCGCAGCGGCUUAACGCGGAGACUAAAGGCGUCGACCCUGUAGGUGAGGAUGAGCGGAACGCGGACGAGUCUAUCUUGAACGCUGCGUCGAUGUGGUUCUCGGCAAACAUGGUCAUCGCUGCUUAUGCGUUGGGCGCACUGGGACCACUCAUCUACGGGCUCAAUUUCGGGACCUCUGUCCUUGUGAUUGUGUUCUUCAAUAUACUAGGGUUGCUACCCGUGGCGUUCUUCUCCGUGUUCGGGUCUCAGCUCGGGAUGCGGCAGAUGAUCCUAUCACGGUUCCUCGUGGGGAACAUCACUGCGCGGAUCUUCGCGCUGAUCAACGUCGUCGCCUGUGUAGGGUGGGGGGUCGUCAACACGGUCGUUUCCGCACAACUGCUCAACAUGGUCAACCAGAACGGGAACAACUGUCCGCUAUGGGCAGGGUGUGUGAUCAUCGUAGGAUGUACAGUUAUGGUCACUUUCUUCGGGUACAACGUCAUCCACGCGUACGAGAAAUGGUCCUGGGUGCCCAACUUCGCCGUGUUCCUGGUGAUCAUUGCGCGGCUGAAGAUGUCCGGUAACUUCGAGUUGGGGCCCUGGACUUCGGGUACGACCACUGCAGGUGGCGUGCUGUCCUUUGGUUCCGCAGUGUUCGGGUUCGCCACUGGGUGGACGACCUACGCGGCAGACUACACAGUGUACAUGCCCAAGACCAUCAACAAGUUCAAAGUGUUCUUCUCCGUCGUCGCGGGACUCGUCUUCCCACUGUUCUUCUGCAUGAUCCUUGGGGCCGCCUCCGCGAUGGCUGCUGUGAACAACCCGGUAUGGAAGGAGUACUACGAGCGGAACGCCAUGGGCGGGCUCACAUACGCGAUCCUUGUCCCUGACUCCCUCCACGGGUUCGGUGAGUUCUGCUGCGUGCUGCUAGCCAUGUCCACGGUCGCUAACAACGUCCCCAACAUGUACACGAUCGCUCUGUCAGUGCAGGCGAUGUGGGAGCCCUUUGCGAAGGUGCCCCGUGUUGUGUGGACGAUGGCAGGGAACGCUGCGACCGUGGGGAUCGCCAUCCCCGCGUGCUACUACUUCGAUGCCUUCAUGGAGAACUUCAUGAACUCGAUCGGUUACUACCUCGCCAUCUACUCCGCGAUAGCGAUCACAGAGCACUUCGCGUUCAGGAAGGGGUUCGAGGGCUACAACGUCGCGGACUGGAACCGCUGGGACAAGCUUCCCCUGGGGAUCGCGGGGACCUCCGCUUUGAUAGUCGGGGCCUUCGGCGUCGCCUUGGGGAUGGACCAAACGUAUUGGGUCGGCGAGAUCGCCAGACGUAUCGGGAAGUUUGGCGGGGACAUUGGGUUCGAGCUUGGCGCCGGCUGGGCGUUUCUAGUGUUCAUCCUGCUGAGACCGCUCGAGAUCAAGAAGUUCGGCAGGUGA